AAUAACAAAGAAGCUUGCCACCAGAACGUCAUAGUGAAGGCGGAACCUAUGGAAGUGGACCCGCCCCUAGAAUUGGCCCCACCCUCCUCUCAUCGACUGGGCUUCAGCAUUUCAGGGGCAUGUGAGAAGAAGGAACCAAUGGUCAACCUCCCAGAUCCUUUGCCCCGUCCCCAAAAUGACCUCUUCUCCCAGGACAUAUCAGUCAAAAUGGCCUCUGAGCUGCUUUACAAACUGUCUGAAAAAGUAAGUAAAGCUAAUGAAAACAAAGACAAUGCAUCCUUCAGUAUACACAGCCCUUUCCUAGACGACCGCUUUAGACAAUCACCUUUCAGCACGCGCUCCAAGAGCUCUUCCCCAGCUGAAGCUGGAUCUUCAAGUAGGGUUACCCAGCAAGAUCCAGAGAAGGUGAGUAGUGAGCCAGGAAAUGGACUUGCCCAAUGGAGACUCAACGAACAGCUCUUUCCCUGCCCUAUAUGUGGCAAAGUAUUUGGUCGCCAACAGACUCUCUCCAGGCAUCUCUCCCUACACACAGAAGAGAGGAAGUAUAAGUGUCAUUUGUGUCUGUACGCGGCUAAGUGCCGAGCCAACCUCAACCAGCACCUCACCAUCCACUCAGUCAAACUGGUGAACACAGAUGCCGAGCAGAUUGUUACCGCUGUCAUCAAUGAAGGCCAAGAGCUCAAAAACUGCCCCUACUACUACAGCUGCCACGUCUGCGGCUUCCAGACAGAGUUUAAUGCUCAGUUUGUCAGACAUAUGUCUCUUCAUGUAGACAAAGAGCAGUGGAUGUUCUCUCUCUGCUGUAGCACCUGUGAGUAUGUGGGUGUGGACGAGGCUGAGAUGAAAGCUCACAUCAGUGCAGGGCACGCAGGUUUCAAUUCCAGAAGCCCUCUCAGUGAGACCAAGAGCACUUCCUCCUCUCUCUCAGCCCUCAGCGACUCCCUCAACAGCUCUGAAGGUGGAGAUGUUGCCCAAGGUAACGAAGAACUAAAAAGCCUUUUGGCCCCGCCUUCUUCUGCGGGCAGUCAAUCAAUCUCAGGCCCAGGAACAGAGGAAAAAACAGAGAAAGGCUUUGAAUGCGUCUUCUGCAACUUUGUAUGUAAAACACGACCUAUGUACGAGCGGCACCUACAGAUCCACCUGAUCACGCGCAUGUUCGAGUGCGAUGUCUGCCACAAGUUCAUGAAGACACCCGAGCAGCUCCUGGAGCACAAGAAGUGCCACACCGUCCCCGCUGGAGGGCUCAAGUGCCCUCUAUGCAUCUACUCCACCAACAGGCCAGCCGCCAUGGAGGGCCACCUGAAGAUGCACUACAAGAUGGAGUAUCGCUGCCGCAUCUGCCAAGCCAUGUGGGCCAAUCAGGCAGAGCUGGAAAGGCACACGCGCGCUCACCGCCUGGGCAACCACUACAAGUGCGAGCAAUGCGGCUACCUCUCCAAAACAGCCAACAAGCUCAUCGAGCACAUGCGUGUGCACACCGGCGAGCGGCCUUUCCACUGCGACCGCUGCAGCUACAGCUGCAAACGCAAGGACAAUCUCAAUCUCCACAAGCGGCUCAAGCACGCACCGAGACAGACCUUCGGUUGUGCCCAGUGCCCAUUCACCACCACUCACCCGUUCGUCUACAGCCGCCACAUUAAAAAGCACCAAGGCGGGGAGGGGAGCGCCGAGGAAGGUGAGGCUCGGCCAGGUACGCCACGUCUGGGCCUUUUGGAUCGAGGAGGGAGCAGCAGUGAUAGCGGGAGCACCAGUCCGCUCAUGAACCUGUCCGCCUCUCAAGCCUUGCAGUCCGUCGCCCUGUCAAUCACCACCAAGCGGCAAGAUGGCACCCCUACCACGCGCUACCUCUCGGCCAACGGCACGUUCUCCACACUGGCGACCCGCUACUUGGAACAGUACAGGAACUGUGACCUGGCUCACCUCAUCCCCCUCACCACGCUCUUUACGGCCCGCCGCUUCACAUUCCACAGCCCCUCGCCCUCAAACUCCUUUCUGCCCUUCUCGGCAUUCUGGUCCAACUCGUCCUCGCAGUCGCCGCCCUCUCCCACGUCAUUCAAACACUCCUUCCUGGCAUACCUGGGAUUGACAGAGAGAGCUAAGACCAUUUGACCAUCCUCGUCCUUUCUUCUCCUUCACCCGCCGUUGCCCUGUAUCAUCAGCCACCGAAGCCACUAACUGUUCCACAGGCAGACUAAAAUACUGCCCUAAAGAGUAGUAAU